CGACCGGCGCGAUUCUUGGCGGUAGCAUCAACUUUUUCCUUCUCCUGUUGUUACCCGAGUUGGUUGGUUGGUAUCACUCGCGUGUGCAAGGUGCGAGUACGUUAAUCAGAAGAUUACCAUUUACGCAUUCGGCGCCAAUCGAGUUAUCCAAAGUGUUAGUAGUCCAGAGCGAGAUAAGCGAAUAGUUUGGUUUGGAGGUUUCCUUAAAAUUUGCUAUGAUUGUGUAAAUUAUAUAAAUUUGAGCUCUCUCGGCCAAGUAAGUCAAGCGCUUGCUACAAACGACGGGCAUUUGAAUUUGAAUCAAUACUAUAGAAGUUCGUAACAGAAGUCCAGAAGUGGACCGACUAAUUCAAUUAGUUUUUUUUCUGGGUUGGUUGGAAAAUUGUCACCCGUCUUUUGCAGUCCGCAUUUAUAUGCAAAAUAGUACGACCAUUUAAAGUUUUCCUAUGGAACUCUCUUUCUAACCGCGUUGAGGUGCUCGAACCAAAAAAAAUCUUUCGAAACCGCAAGAGACUCCUAAAAAUAGACAGCUCUUCCUCGAGUUCGAAGAUACAGUCGAAUCCACUGUUGGAAAACAAGUGUGUGAUGAUUUUCCAUGAAAGUGUGUAGCAAAACAAGCCGAAAGGAAUGUAUCAGCGUUUGUUUGGUCAGUAGAAAAAAAAAUCAACAGCUGUGUUGGGAGUUUCUUGUCUGUCAAGAGCACAUUGCAUUCAGCACAUCGUUCAGAGCAACUAAGUAGGAGGUGAAGUCGUGUGAAAAUUGUGUUUUCAGCAUACCAAAAGAGUGACAGAUUUAGCUGGCGCGUGGGACAACAGCUGUGCAAAUCCCCGGAAAAGCCAAUAAACUUAUAAACUAAUUGAAUUGCAGUAGGUGAAUCGGAUCUCAUCCAUCUCACGUACUACUUCUGAAGAAUCCUACAAAAAAAAUGAGUCAACAGGAGCAAGCUAAACUGGAUGCCAACAAACAGGCCGCCAGCCCGGACGAUUUGGACGAUCUGAGCCCGAUGCCGCAAACGGCCGUUCCGCCGGUACGACGACGGGGUGGAAUCUCAGCCGAACCGGUCAGCGAGGAGGAUGCCACAAGCUACGUGAAAAAGGUGGUCCCCAAGGACUACAAAACGAUGGCCGCCCUGUCGAAGGCAAUCGCGAAGAAUGUGCUCUUCUCCCAUCUGGACGAGAACGAACGGUCCGAUAUAUUCGAUGCGAUGUUCCCGUGCAACUUCCUGCCCGGGGAAUCGAUCAUCCAGCAGGGCGAUGAGGGAGACAACUUUUACGUUAUAGACAUUGGAGAGGUGGAGGUCUUUGUAAAUAACGAACAAGUGACGACAAUUAGCGAGGGUGGCAGUUUCGGUGAGUUGGCUCUGAUCUACGGAACGCCCCGAGCCGCCACGGUACGUGCCAAAACCGACGUCAAACUGUGGGGAAUCGACCGGGACAGCUACCGGCGCAUUCUGAUGGGUUCCACCAUCCGGAAGCGAAAGAUGUACGAGGAGUUUCUGUCUCGUGUUUCAAUUUUGGAGAGCUUAGACAAAUGGGAACGUCUCACGGUGGCAGACGCACUGGAACCGGUCACAUUCGAGGAUGGUGAAACGAUUGUAAAACAGGGCGAACCGGGAAACGAUUUCUACAUCAUCGUCGAAGGAUGCGCCACCGUUAGGCAGAAGCGCGACGAGAACGAAGAACCCGCCGAAGUCGGUCGGCUCGGACCGAGUGACUAUUUCGGAGAAAUCGCUUUGCUGCUGGACCGUCCACGAGCUGCAACCGUGAUUGCACGGGGACCGCUCAAGUGCGUGAAGCUGGAUCGCGCCCGUUUCGAGCGGGUGCUCGGCCUAUGCGCAGACAUUCUCAAACGGAACAUCACACAGUACAACAGUUUCGUUUCGCUAUCGGUCUAAGUGUGUUGCAUUGAAAUUCAUCAAACAAACAAAACAAAAAAAAAACAAAACUGCAGGACAAGAACGAUUGACACAAUUUACUGCUAACGAAACAAUGAACAGAAAAAAAUAACAAACAAACAAAACAAAAGAAAAAGAACACAAAAAAAGCCAAUGUUACGUAGAGAACAAAUAUUUAGAAACCCUUUCGUUUGAAACGGUUCAAUGGAUGUGAAUUAAUGUGACAAUUUAUGUUAUCGUUCUCCAAUACAAAC